AUGCGCUUUUCUUACCGCUUUCUUUUAAUAUGUCUUGCGCUGCUGGUCUGUCUUCAAUCAACAGCUGCAGCUCCUCAUGCUGCCGUGCGCCGGCAAGAUGAUAAUUCUUCAGAAGACUCGACCCCUUCUACAACACGAGACAGCGCUUCUCGACAAGCCUCAAUUACAUCGACGCCUGAACCUACCCCUUCUGCAAGAGCAUCUUCACGGAUCGAGUCCAAUGGCGCGUCAUCUACCGUACCUUCUUCUGCGAGGCCUUCAGCUUCGGCAACCACCCAAACCGAGGUUCCCUCAACAGCUUCUUCUGAUGAGCCUGCACCUUCUAGUCCUGCCGUCAACAAGGAGAGCCCGCUACCCAUUUACCCCAAGCUCACCCCAGCAAUGGGAAUCACUGGAGUGAUUUUACUAGUAUCUGGGUUAGUAUAUGGUAUCAUAGGAAUCAAGAAGAAAAUGGUGUAUGUCUUCGGAUCUGCAGCUUACCUGUCUGCGCUCGCCGUCACAGUUCUUAUAAUUUACUUGAUGAAUCCACCGGUCUCAGAUGCGAUCCAGGGCGCUUUCUUCGUAGCAGCCUUCUUCACAGGCAUCAUCUUCGGCGUACUCUCACUGGUCUUUGUGGAUAUGACUGAGGGCUUUGGCUGCCUGCUCGGCGGUUUCUGCCUUAGCAUGUGGUUCCUCAGUCUCAAGGAUGGUGGCUUGAUCAGCUCGAGCACAGGUCGGGCCAUCUUCAUCGGCUGCAUGGCUGCUGCUGGCUGGUCACUAUCUUUUAGCCGUUACACUCGCAAUUACGGCCUUAUUGCAUCAAUCGCAUUCUCAGGCGCAACCGCGUCGGUUCUUGGAAUAGACUGUUUGGCAGGCGCUGGAUGGAAAGAGUUUUGGCUCUAUCUCUGGGCUCUCAACGACUCCACAUUUCCUUUGGACACCAACACGUAUCCCGUGACUAAGAACAUGAAGGCUGAACUAGCCGGUGUCAUCAUCAUAGCUGUGGCUGGAAUUGUUUCUCAAUUGCGGGUCUGGAAAAUGAUUCAAGAGCAUCGUGCAAAGGACGCUGCGCAGCAACUUGAGAGGCAGCAGGACCUGGCUCGUGAAGAAGAAGAACGAGGCCGUAAGAUUGAGGAUGAGUUUCAGAAAGAACGCGCUCAAUGGGAAGCGGCUUACGGCGAAAAGAACUUGCCUGAUUCCAGCCCUCGAUCAUCCGUCACAAGUCCCAAAAAGUCCACCAGCUUAGAUGCAAAGGAAGUCGACAGCAGCGAAAAUCUUAUUCCAGUUGCUAUAAUGAACAAGGCACCAAGAGGCACAGUCACCGUCGGUGUUCUCAACGAUGACGAAAUCCAAGCAAUUGACGCGAAAGGCAACCCUGUAGUCGAGACCCGCGUAGUUGCGACUCCUGGAGUUGAUGGCGAGAAGACAUUGCCAGGUACUCCAGAGGAAACAUCACAACCGCAAAUGGUCGAAAAGGAAGGCCGAACUUCGCUAACAGUAUCCCCACCACCUGCUGUCGUACCGCUUCCGUUCAAGGUGCCCACAGAAGAAGAUGUGCACAGCAACGACGACAACUCGUCUGUCUCUGCUAUUCCUGAAACUGAAACUGAUAUGACGGAGCGCCCAACUGUGAGCAAACGCAUCUCUGACGUCUCGGCAAUGAGGCAACGCAUCUCUCGCGACCUGGCAGCUUCUCAAGAGGCAGUGUUUGUAACUCAGGAUGUGAACGAUGACCGUGCUUCGUCUGUUGCUGCAACUCUGGACGACGACAACGACCAGCUAUCCGUACGCGAGCUUUCUCCUGUACAAUCACCUAUUGGAACAGAACACAACCCCUUUGUCGAUGCUGGUCAUGCAACAAAAGCCAGUGGUGACAUGCAUACCACCGAGGAGUCUACUACCGGCAACGAAACGACAAAGAUGGACAUUACAAAGGAGCAUGGCAGUCAGUCUUCGGCUGGUGCACGGCAAUCUCUCACUCCUAGCACCGACUCAAAGCAGUCAGGUGCGGCAAACGCUGGAGUGAGGAGGGAUACAGCCGUAUUUAGUUCCAAGACAAGUAGUGCGGACCAACAGUCCAAGGGAACACAGUCCGAUGCACCUUCUCUCAGCUCGCAUACCGAGCCAGAGACGCGACGUGUCAGUGUGCUGCGGGAGGGUGCCUUGCCAGAGACCAUGUCAAAAGUAGCUCUAUCGUAUCGGACCAACGAAUGGGCGAAGCACCUUGAGGCAGCUGAGAAGCCGGAUUACGAGGACAUUUUCCGGCCUUCGUCGCCAGGAAUGAUGCUGCCAAAUGGAACCGAAGAGAAGCCAGCGCCCGUCAGCGAGGAGCUAGCAGCACCGCUCAAGCGCAACUCGAGGCGGGUGUCGAACGGCAGCCGGAUGCAACGCAACAGCAGCAGUGGAUUUGACCGAAACAGUUUGGCUUUGUCGCAGGAAUCGCUUGUUGAUCCACGGAUCUACACGCGGUCUCCACCUGCAGCAGUUCUUUCGCGGGCCAGCUCGAAAUCUAGGCCUAAUGUUCUUGCCCCACUACCGACCAAUACGUUGAUGAGCAAAAGAGAAACCCUCCUCAAGAGCCGAGCGUCUGCUCUGGUGAAGCGAAAUUCUUCGGGUGGGCACUUGCUUUUGAGUCGUGGCGAGGACCAAGUUGAGGGGGAGGGUGAGGAAGAAGAGGGAGGAGGAGAAGAAAUGACGUUGGCACAGCGUCGCCAAAUGCUGAAGCGCCAGUCAUCAACACCCCAGCUCCCCUUUGAGGCACCCCUGACAUCGCCUCGCCGGGCACCACCGUCAGCGUCGCAAAAGUGGCAGAACAAAGACUGGGCGGGUAAAGGGGCACCACCAGGCUUCGACUCGCAUCAGCCACAGCGUACAAACAGCGCUCAGUCGAAUUCCAAGCGCGAGCAAUUGUAUGCUGGAUGGCGCGACUCGAUACGCGAUGCGGCGCCUGCACAAACGUCGACAACGUACAUCAUCGAGCAGCAGCGUGCAGCGCUGCUGUUUGAGCGGCGGCAAAAGGAGCUGGAGAAGCAGCAACGCGAGAUGGUGCAGCAGCAGCGAGCAAGCCAGAUGGACAGCAUGAUGCGCAGUGGGCACAUGCUAGAUGCACACCGUGAGGCGAUGAGGAAGAUGCAGGCGAGUGCCAACCGCCAUGCGUAG